UUAACUUAUACAUAAACAAGCCCGUUUAAACAAAUAUGUCAGGUUAUAAGAAGCUACACACCAACGCUUAACCUUGUUGUCUUCAGCUGUGUACAGACUCAAGAGAGAGAAAGGAGAAAACACAAAUUUCAACAAAAGAGAAGAAGACUCUGAUUCACGGAGAAGGUUUUUGGUUUCUUUGAAAAAGAAAGAUGAACACUCGCGCGAUCUACGCCGUCAUAGCGAUCCUCGCGAUCGUAAUCUCAGCCGUCGAAUCUAGCGGCGACUUCGUAGAUUCGCUAGAUUUCGUACGAACCGCCGUCGGUUCGUCGUCGUCGUCGCUAUUCUCCGGAGGAUGCAAAGGAUCGAUCGCAGAGUGCAUAGCAGAGGAAGAAGAGAUGGAGUUCGAUUCGGAUAUCAGCAGGCGUAUUUUAGCGCAGAAGAAGUACGUUAGCUACGGUGCGAUGAGGAAGAACAGUGUGCCUUGUUCUCGACGCGGUGCUUCGUACUACAACUGCCAGCGUGGAGCUCAGGCGAAUCCUUACCGCCGUGGAUGCAGCACCAUCACUAGGUGCAGGCGUUGAAAAAGGAAAGAUGAGUUUGAGUUUUUCACACUUACGAAAUUCCUAUUUUGCCCCUUCUUUUGUGUUUAUUUUUUUUCCGGGAUAUAUGGGUUUGAUUGAUUUACACAUUUGGAAACUAUCAUACUAGUAGUCUUUUGUUUUUUGGAAAACAAAGAAAAACAAAAUUGCUUAUUGUUUUUUUA